CCCCAGGCCCGUAUCGAGGAACUGGAGGAGGAAAUUGAGGCAGAGCGAACCUCUCGGGCAAAAGCAGAGAAGCACCGUGCUGACCUCUCCAGGGAGCUGGAGGAGAUCAGCGAGCGCCUGGAAGAAGCAGGAGGGGCUACAGCAGCUCAGAUUGAGAUGAACAAGAAGCGUGAGGCAGAAUUUCAGAAGAUGCGCCGUGACCUCGAAGAGGCCACGCUGCAGCACGAAGCCACAGCUGCCGCCCUGCGGAAGAAGCACGCAGACAGCACAGCUGAGCUUGGGGAGCAGAUCGACAACCUGCAACGAGUCAAGCAGAAGCUGGAGAAGGAGAAGAGUGAGCUGAAGAUGGAGAUAGAUGACUUGGCCAGUAACAUGGAGUCUGUCUCCAAAGCCAAGGCAAAUCUGGAGAAGAUGUGCCGCACUCUGGAAGACCAGCUGAGUGAGAUCAAAACUAAGGAGGAGCAGAAUCAGCGCAUGAUCAAUGACCUCAACACUCAGAGAGCUCGUCUGCAGACAGAAACAGGUGAAUAUUCACGCCAGGUGGAAGAAAAGGAUGCUUUGAUUUCUCAGCUGUCUAGGGGCAAGCAGGGAUUUACCCAACAGAUUGAGGAACUGAAGAGACAUCUAGAGGAAGAAAUAAAGGCCAAGAACGCCUUGGCCCACGCCUUGCAGUCUGCUCGCCACGACUGUGACUUGCUCCGGGAACAGUAUGACGAGGAGCAGGAAGCCAAGGGUGAGCUGCAGCGUGCCCUGUCCAAAGCCAACAGCGAAGUGGCCCAGUGGAGAACCAAAUAUGAGACGGAUGCUAUUCAGCGCACGGAGGAGCUGGAGGAGGCCAAAAAGAAGCUGGCACAGCGCCUGCAGGAUGCAGAGGAACACGUUGAAGCU